GAGACGACGCUGUGGUGACGUCAGAGAGGAGAUGGGCUGAGGGGAGACGGGCCGGGGCCUGGACUGAGGCCUAGGCCUGGAACGGGAACGGGGCCUGCAAUGGGAACGGGAAUGGGAACGGGCCUGAGGGGAACGGAACAGGCCCAGCCCGUGUCGGUGACCCCCUGCCCGCUGCCGUGAUUCCUUCCAGCCCUGGUGCCCCCACAGCAGGCAGCAGUGGGGCUGUAGGCCCAUGUCAGGACUGUGUCCGUCACACCGACCGCUUCACCUCCCCGUUAUCCCGUGUGUGUGUGUGAGCAGGGCCGGGCUGUGCCGGGCUGAUGGCACCGAGUCGCCUGCCCUGCUCCGUUCGGGAGCUGCGAGGCCUCCAUUGGUGCUGUAGGUGUCAGCAGAGCCCCGUUAUUAUCCCCCAGCUCUCACCUCCCCGUCUCUGCCCUUCCAGGAUCAUGGAGCCCGCAGCCGUGAGGAGCAAAGUGCCCUCAUUCCUGUCCGACCUGGGCAAGGCCACGUUGAGGGGCAUCAGGAAAUGUCCGCGCUGCGGGACUUACAAUGGAACCCGCGGGCUGAGCUGCAAGAACAAGAACUGUGGCACCGUGUUCCGUUACGGCGCACGCAAACAACCCGGGGUCGACGCCGUUAAAAUCAUUACCGGCUCCGAUCUGCAGGUUUAUUCGGUGCGGCAGCGGGACCGCGGGCCGGAUUACCGCUGCUUUGUGGAGCUGGGAGUUUCGGAGACAGCCAUCCAGACAGUGGACGGGACCAUCAUCACUCAGCUCAGCUCCGGCCGUUGUUACGUCCCGUCCUGCUUGAAGGCGGCCACGCAGGGUGUGGUGGAGAACCAAUGUCAGCACGUCAAACUGGCCCUGAACUGUCAGACCGAGGCAACCCCGCUGACACUGAAAAGCUCGGUGCUCAAUUCCAUGCAGGCCUCGCCCGAAACCAAACAGACUAUUUGGCAACUGGCUACGGAGCCCACGGGGCCGCUGGUGCAGCGGAUCACCAAGAGCGUCCUGGUGGUGAAGUGCAAGGCCAGCCAAAAGCACAGCCUGGGCUACCUGCACGCCUCCUUCGGCCAGAAGAUGAGCACCAAGACGCUGGCGGAGCACAGGUUCUUCUGCUCCUGCCAAACCCUGAAGCCUGGCAAGGCCGCGUCGGCCAAGGAAGAGGCGGCGGCACAGAGGUGCAUUCACUUCUUUGCCUGCAUCUGUGCCUUUGCCAGCGACGAGAGCCUGGCCCAGGAGUUUGCUGACUUCCUCACCUGUGACUCAGGCGGGCUGAAAGGGAUCUCUGUCCCUCAGUUGGUGUGUGGCCCCGAGUCCACCGUGCAGGCUGGCGAGGCCGCUGCCAAGGCCAAGAAGAGGAAAAAGGACUUAAUGCCUGGGCCUCUCCUGGCUCAGGAUACAGCCAGCCUGAGGAGGAGCAGCCUGAAGAAGCCCACAGUUGCUGCCUCGCUGAAAAGGCAAGGUUGUAACCAACUUCUGGAUGAGUCCCAGGUUACUCUGUCCUUCCAAGACUGGCUGGCCAGUGUCACUGAGCGCAUCCAUCAGACCAUGCAUUACCAGUUUGAGGGCAAACCCGAGCCGCUGGUGUUCCACAUCCCACAGGCGUUCUUUGAUGCGCUGCAGCAGAGGAUAUCCAGUGGGAGUACAAAGAAGAGGUUGCCCAACUCCACUACAGCUUUUGUCCGCAAAGAUGCCCUUCCCCUGGGGACCUUCUCCAAGUACACGUGGCACAUCACCAACAUCCUGCAGGUCAAGCAGAUCUUCGAUACACCCGAGCAGCUGCCUCUGGAGAUCACAAGGAGCUUCAUCCAGAACCGGGAUGGCACCUAUGAGCUCUUCAAGUGCCCCAAGGUGGAGGUGGAGAGCAUCGCUGAGACCUACGGGCGCCUGGAGAAGCAGCCGGCCAUCCGCCCGCUGGAGCUCAAGACCUUCCUCAAAGUGGGAAACACCUCUCCCACCCAGAAGGAGCCCACCCCGUUCAUCAUCGAGUGGAUCCCCAACAUCCUACCUCACUCCCACAUCGGAGAGCUGCGCAUCAAGUUUGAGUACGGGCACCAGGGCGGCCGUCAGCCCCCCGCCUCCUUCUCCACCCAGCAGCCACCAGCACUGGAGCCCACCCUGGAACUCGCUCCACUCACCACCAUCACCUUCCCCUGAGCUCUGGGAGGAACUGCACUCCAGAACUGCCACAAAGAGAGAAAGAAACCAAGCACAAAGCUGCUGCUGCACCUGGAACAAUAAAAAGUGCUGCUUACCAAGUG